AUGAAGAGUAAAAUGCUACAAUAACAAUAUGGUAGCUAAAAUAAUACAUCAAAGAAACUAGAACAAGGAAGAUAAGAUAAGUCUAAGAAUACCAGAUAAAAUAAAGGAAAAAUAUUAAUAUAGAAAAAGCAGUGUGGCAAUAUAAUCCAACAAUUUAAAAAAGCCAAGACAAUACUGGCUAUUAAAAUUGCAUUGUUAUUAAACAAUUUAGAAUUGAACAUACAAGAAAAAGUUGUGAAAAAUUAUGAUGCAAAAAUUUAAAAGAACUCGGAAGAUUCUAGUUAUUACCACAACAAAGGUAUAAGAAAUUAUGUAGAAUUGUUAGCUGUUAAUUUAGAAAAAAUGAAUAGAUUAGAAGAAGCUUUGGAAAAUUAUGAUUUAGCAAUUUUAAAAAACCCAAAACAUUCUGAAUUUUAUAAUUGUAAAGGUAAAAUUAAUAUUCAAAAUUUCUAAGCUAAUAUUUUAGAAAAAAUGAACAGAUUAGAAGAAGUUUUAUAAAAUUUUGAUUUUGCAAUAUAGAAUAACCCAGAAGAAUCGAAGUACUACUUCAACAAAGGUUUAAAUAAAAUGUUACAUUUCUAAAGGCUUUAUGUUAGAUAAAAUGAACAAAUUAAGAAGAGGGCUUUGUUAUAUUUAUGA